AUGAAAACCUGGAUAGACUACCUAAAAAGAUUGUACUCACAAAAUCAACUCACAACAGAAGAACCGGAAACACCAGAAAUCACAACUGAUGAAGAGACCAGAAUAAGUACAAAGAAAGUGGAGGAAGCUGAGAGAAAACUAAAAACCCGAAAGGCUACGGGCAGUGAUGGAAUAGCAAAUGAAUUUUUAAAAAAUUGUGGGAAAGCAAUGACCGAGCAGUUGGCACUGUUCAUUAACAAAAUAUUAAAAUACAAAAAAGUACCUGAAGAAUGGAAAACAAGUAUACUAAUUCCCUUUUUUAAAAAUGGUGACAGAAAAGAACCGUAA